CCUGAUACGUUGCAGCUGUAUCUGACAGUCGCUUUUGUUUUAUUUAUUUUUUGGCUCAUUUACUACAACUCAUAUAUGCUAUGCCAUUAUUGUUGGGCAUUUCCCCAUUGAAUACCAUAGUUGCACGGCAGCCGCAGGGUUCAGUGAGGUGUAAGGGCCAAUUUGAAAGCUGGAAACCUGGUUGAGAUACUGUGGCUAUACUCCAUCACACAUGCAAGAGUUUUUUUUUAGCAUCGUGUUCUCUUCUUUGCGCCGGUAGAAGAAGAAAAGCUCUGACAUCUGAGGACAUUAAAGGGGACAUUUUGACAUCAUGUCACAGCAGGAAAUGUGCAGGGGUAAAUCAAAUUAACGAAGGCCGAAUUUCGCGUAGUUGCUUCAUCGCGUGGCUGUCGAAAAACCCCCACAAGAAAAUCCCACUUUUCCUCUGUUUUGAUUUUCUGUGACCUCUGCAACUCAAAUCCAGCCCAUUGGCAGGCCGCAAAAAAAAAAAAGCAGCCCUUUUUGCCCCCUGACCAAACCACGUGGUCUGACCACUGGCCUGUGCCGCGUCGGCGCAGACGCAACAAAGCGUUGAGGGCGUGACGUCACGAGCGACUCUGCGCCGAUGGUCGCGCGGCGUCGUGUUUUCGUGUCGUGUCGUGCCGUCCGCGGCGGAGCCCUGUGGAAAGGGUGCGCGCGCAUUUGUAGUGAGAUGUGCCGAAGCGCCGGCCUGAUCCUUCGCAGACGCGGACAGACGGAGCAGCUUCUCUGACAACACGGAGGGCGACAACAUUUGAGUCACCGCCAGAUGCCGUUUGCUCGUCGACAUGCGCCUCAUGCGACUGCACUCUGGUGGCGCUGUGAAAAGACAGGAAGCUGUUUGUGGGCAUGCUGGGAAAGCAGCAGACGGACGUCGACGUGAGGAAGAUGUUCGAGCCGUUCGGCAGCAUAGAGGAGUGCACGGUGCUCCGCGGGCCCGACGGCACCAGCAAAGGGUGUGCAUUUGUAAAGUACCAGAACAACGCAGAGGCCCAGGCCGCCAUCAACGCUCUGCAUGGGAGUCGCACUUUACCUGGCGCCUCGUCCAGCCUGGUGGUUAAGUUUGCCGAUUCGGAGAAGGAGCGAGGGCUCAGGCGGAUGCAGCAGGUGGCCUCUCAGCUGGGCGUCAUCAGUCCCAUGACCCUGCACCUCGGGGCGUACAAUGCCUACACACAGGCUCCCCCUCUUCUCUCCUCUCAGUCACAGCCCCUGUCUCUCUCCGUCCUCCAGCUGAUGCAGCAGCAGGCCCUGGUGGCGCAGUCGGCCUACCUCUCUCCUGUUGCCACGGUGGCGGCGGUUCAGAUGCAGCAGCUCGCCGCCCUCAACCCCAGCAGCAUCAUUGCCACGCCGAUCGCAUCCAUCACCCCGUCCUCAGGUACCAGCACUCCACCCUCCAUCGCAGGCACACCCGUCCCUUCUCUGCCGCCGCAGCUUGUGAACAGCUACUCCUCUUUGCCAGCUCCGCCCAACGGCCAAUCAGCCACUGAAGCCCUGUACACCAACGGGGUUCAUGCCUAUCAAGCUCAGAGUCCCGUCCUGGACCCUCUACAGCAAGCCUAUGCAGGCAUGCAGCACUACACUGCCACCUACCCUGCCGCCUACAGCCUGGUGGGCCAGCCGUUCCCCCACCAGCCCACCCUGGUGGCCCAGCAGCCGCAGCAGCCGCAGCAGCUGCAACAGCGGGAAGGACCCGAGGGCUGUAACAUCUUCAUCUACCACCUGCCACAGGAGUUCACCGACUCCGAGAUACUGCAGAUGUUCCUGCCCUUUGGAAACGUCAUCUCCGCGAAGGUGUUUGUUGACCGCGCCACCAAUCAGAGCAAAUGCUUCGGUUUUGUGAGUUUUGACAACCCGUCCAGUGCCCAGACUGCCAUCCAGGCCAUGAACGGCUUCCAGAUCGGCAUGAAGAGACUGAAGGUGCAGCUGAAGAGGCCCAAGGACGCCAACAGGCCUUACUGAGCGAGGUAAACCUAAGAGUUCAAUCAAGGAAACCACAUGGGAUGUCCCAGCCUUUUUUGGUUGUUUGACCAACCGUAUAGCACAGGAGCAACACAAAAAGCAGUAUCACAUGUAUGCGCUUACAAAAACAGCAGUAAUAUCAGCAACGGUUGACAGAAUCAGAACCCACAAUAUCAGAAGUGCUCCAGAGUUCCUACUGUAUCAUUCCACUGCUGGAUUCAUUUAUAUUAUGUACAUACUCUAUUGUCGGCAACAAGAUCUACAUGUUAAGAAAAAGCAUAUCACUGAUGUUAUUCUACUGAACAGGGUUCUUCUGUAUAGUGUGAUUUGUGGUCUAUGGCGUCAACAGAGGGCCAGUCUACACAGUCAGAGGUGAAAGAAAAUACUAUUCUGUAUGAUUACCAUGGGUAAUAUUGUUAUGUAGAGUUAGUUUUAUUAUUUAUACGUAAAUUAAAAAAACAUGGGGUAAUUAAACUGGAAGAGAAAUGGAUUUCCUCUGUGUACAUACCUUGGUUUUCAAAAUGGAGGUAAAAGGACUUAAAAAAACAUCUCGAGUUAAGAUUCUCUGCUGCCACUACUUUUCAAAAUUAACAAAGCUGAAGGAAGGGCUGAGAAUUUUUCUAUCUUGAUUUUUUACGUUUAAUUUAUUUGGUAAUCAAUUUCAUGUCGAAGGGAAGAUGUUGAAAUUUCUUUUUUAAUUUAAGAAGGGGGGAAAAAAAGGAGGAUUCUUGCAGUCUUCAAGACAAUGAACACACUUAUAGAGUUUUUAAUGACAUAAAUGUACCUAUGGAAGUAACAAAAAAAACAAGCAAACAUAAUGUUUCUUUAUUUAUUCUCUACAAUCGCUGUUUUAAAACAUAUGUCUUUAAAAGAAAAUAAAGUACAAUUUAG